UGCAAAGCCACACGCCGGCCCGUGUGCCUGGGAACCCGACGGAGAGAAAGAGAAGGCGCAGCGCGCAAGCAAUCCUCCGCGGCGGCGAUGGGCAAGGGCUCCCGCCCCGCCUCCACCUCCACCGGCGGCGAGAAGAAGGGGGAGGAGCGGGUGCUGAGCCACGGCGACGUCGUGCUCAUCCGCUCCGACCUCGCCAUCCUCCGCGGGCCGCGCUUCAUCAACGACCGCAUCAUCGCCUUCUACUUCGCCCACCUCUCCGCCGGCCUCGGCGACGACCUCCUCCUGCUCCCGCCGUCCAUCCCCUACCUUCUCUCCAACCUCCCCGACCCGGCCUCCGUCGCCGCCGUGGCGGAGCCGCUCCGCCUCGCCUCCCGCCGCCUCGUGCUGCUCCCCGUCAACGACAACCCCGACGCCUCCGUCCCCGAGGGCGGAUCCCACUGGACCCUCCUCGUCCUCGACAACACCACCAGCCCAUCCGGUCCCCGCUUCGUCCACCACGAUAGCAUCCGCGGCGCGCCCAACCUCCCCAUCGCCAGCUGCCUCGCCGACGCGCUCCGCCCCCUGCUCCUCCAGAGCGAUUCGAGGAGGGGCGCUGUGCCGGUUGUGGAGGGGCCCACCCCAAGGCAGCCCAACGGCUACGACUGCGGCGUGUACGUCAUGGCCAUCGCCAGGGCCAUCUGUGGCUGGUGGAAGAAUGGCCAUGGCGGCCUCCGGGGUGGGGAUUGGUUCGAGGCGGUGAGGAGGGAGGUGGACGCCGACAGUGUCAAGGCCAUGAGGGGCGAGCUGCUGCAACUAAUCACCACCCUCAUCCAAGACAAGGCCAAUGCCAGUUCAACAUCCGAGGGCAACAAGACAAGCAACACUGAUUGAGGAUCAUUGCUGUGUCUCUGUAAGAUCGAUAGGAACGGCAGUAGCUUACCUGAUAGUACACUGGUUUCUCAAGUUUGGUUGCUUUUUGAUCUUAGUCAAGGGGUUUCUUGCUGUAUCGGCUUCUUUGCUAAGAGGAAGAACAAGCAGAGUAUACACACUUGUGUAAGCAAAGUUUUGGAAAAUUACAUUUGUCCCUUUUGUGAGUAAAGUUUUAGCAAAAGCCUGUUACAAACCGACAAAUAUUGCCAAUGAUCAUUGAUCAAGAUAUUACAAUUUUACAGUGCUUAUGCUUGCAAGUUAGUUGAGUAUGGAUGGAUUGGGUUAGAGUUUAUGGCUUAUGCUCGAUGACUGACCAAUUCAGCAGCACUAUCUAAGAACUAAGAUGUGUUUAUGUUCCAUGCCUUUGGAUGCUGACUGAGUGUAGGUGCAUUGUUUGGAUGAUACUUGGGAGUUGGUUAGAAAGGGAGAACUGUUUGAUUGUUUGAACAAUUGAAGUAUGGAUUUCUGAAACUGAUAUUCACUAGGAACUUCAGAAUUUGGGAGCUACAUUGUAUUUGCUUACAUGUCUGUUACUCAAAUUUUACACUGAAUAUGGAUAUUGUGUUGCAAACGACAUGUAUGACAUAUCUAGUCUAUCCUCCAGGACACAGCUGCUGUCGAUUAAACUAAAUUCUUUUCUAUCUGGGUCGAUUAAACUAAAUUCUUUUCUAUCUGGGAUCUGUUAUGUUCAGUUAUAGUUAUGCUUUCCUGUUAUUUUUCUUAUCUAAGCAGUUCUAGCACCACUGAUCUUAUGCCUUUCUGUUGGUAUGGUUUAUAUCAAAUGUGCUGUAAUAUUUUGCUAUAAUGAGCACUAUGGUACCUCAGUUCGCACCUACUUUUGUUUUCCAAUAUUUGGAUUGCAAAGUAAACUAGUAAAGCAUGAUGGUAGAUAACCCAAAUCCAUGGUAAGGCAGAUCUGGUGCAUUCGCUAAAAACAGGCAGGUCUGCUGUAUAUCUUACUCUCCUGCUUUAUGUCCAUACCUAACAGUCUUACAUGCAUGCGCCCUAACUAACUGUUUCUCCUCUGAUCAAUUCGCUUAACUUGUCACCCUUUCAUUGCAUUGCAUUGCUUCCACCAGUCUACAGCUGCAACAGAGCACAGGACUAAGGGAAAAUGCAACGUCAUGAGAAGAUUGCUGCUUGGAAGCCUGUGGCGUGCAGGCCUUUCUCCAGCUUCAGGUCCUAUACGAAGCUCCUUCAAGACUUCACUAGCACAGGUUCCCCACCCAUCACCGUCUUGGAGGAGACAGUUCUAGUUAAGCCAAAGGCCACUCGGUUCCCAUCGCUACCAAGUGAACUUCCGACAGAAAUAACUGCAACCAUAUUUCAGGACGCUGGCUCAGAGACCACAUGCGAGGAAAUGGAGGUAGAGACAGAGCAGGCCAACUGCUGCGGCCAUCUAAAAACAUGCCACACUGUCAAGAAGCCUACGGGCAGUCGCUUGUCAUUUGAUGGCUACAACUGGAGGAAAUACGGGCAAAAGAAGGUGAAAGGCAGCGAGUUCCCACGGAGCUACCACAAGUGCACGCAUCCAAGCUGCCCUGUGAAGAGAAAGGUGGAGACGACAAUAGACGGCCAGGUUGCUGAAAUCGUGUACAGCGGUGAGCACAACCACCCCAAGCCUCGUCCUCACAGGACGCCAUUGUCGUCCACAAGCACGGCGGAGGUUGUGGUUUGCGGCGUGCAUGGUACUGAAGAUACGAUGCAGGAAUAGAAAGUAGAAACAAAGAGAGCUAGGAGGAUUCAACCAGGCUCCUGAUACUUAUGAUGACUCAUGACUGAUGCAGUAUCAACAAGAGGGAGCUCGCUGAUUGUAAGAAAAAAAAGGUAUAUUUCUGUUGCUAAACAUUCUGCAGCGGACGUUCAGACAAUGGCAAAUACUCUAGCUAGCAUA